UACUAGACCCCCCGCAGAGAGGAGCCCCCCUGCUAGACCCCCCGCAGAGAGGAGCCCCCCUACUAGACCCCCUGCCGAGAGGAGCCCCCCUACUAGACCCCCUGCCGAGAGGAGCCCCCCUGAGCUUUAGACAGCCUGUCAUGGAGGCGGGGCGCCCGGAGCUGAUGGAGGCGGGGCGCCCGGAGCUGAUGGAGGCGGGGCGCCCGGAGCUGAUGGAGGCGAUGGAGGCGGGGCGCCCGGAGCUGAUGGAGCUGAUGGAGGCGGGGCGCCCGUCGGAACAGGAGGCGGUGGUGGAGCAGCAGGGGCAGUUGGUGGAGGAGCUGCAGCGGGAGCAGAGGAGGAGGCAGAAGGAGACGUUACAGGUUCUGAUCAACACCGACGCACAAUGGGUUCCAGGCAGCAGCAGGGACUCGCCGCUGUCGGACACGCUGGCUCAGAAGCGUCUGUGGUUACUGUCCUCACUGCUGAGGACCAUCGAAGAGUCUCACGGAGGAACGUUGUCUCACCUGGAGGCGUCCGGAGAGACCCCGAGCUGCCGUCCAGCGCCGCCCCCUGACACAGCGUCUGCUGCUCUGAGUAAUGUCCCCCCUCCUGGACCUCCUCCCAGGAUGUCUUCUGCCCCCCCUUCUGGAGAACCGUCCCUGACAUCGCCUGCCCCCCCUGGUGCCCGGCAGCCCCCGGUGACGGGGACUGGGCGGGGCCUCCUGGAGACGAUGGCGGCGGAGCGGGAGCUGAGUGUGAUCGAGGAAGUGGAGACGCCCGUGGACCGCAGCCAGGCCGCAGGCCUGGAGGACAGCGUGAGGACUUCCUGUCCCGGUGGCGAGAUGCAGGACAUGCGUCUGCAGAGGGAGGACAGCACAGAGCCCUGCGGCUGCCCGGCCUGGACGACCGCCCUUCCAGCGGCAGACGCAGCGUCCCCUGGAGCGCCGGGCAGCGACUGGAUCCGGAGAAUCACGUCUCCUCCGUCCUCUGGCUCUGGGACAGACGUCCCGGUGUGCGGAGCUGCCGUGGCCGGCUGUCGAUCCUUCACAGAGUCUCCCCUCAGACCGGUGAACUGUGGACUGUUGGACGUCCUCUCCUCCACUCUGUCCACCGGCAGCUUGGUCCCCUCGUCCCCCCCGUCCUCCUGUCCUGACGGGCUCCUCCCUGCUGAGAGGCGUCUCCACCCCAGUCCCCCCGUCUCCCCUCCCCCCGGGCGGAGUGUGUGUGUGGAGGAAGGCUGGGUGGCAGGUGGUGCUGCUGCCGCUGUGGACCUGCUGUUCAGCGACAGCAGCGUCCAGCGGAUCAUCGAGCGAUACACCAGGGAGCUGGACCGGUCCCUGGGGGGCGCAGGGGGAACCGCAGGGGGAACCGCAGACGGUGAAGUGGACCGCCUGCUCGGAGCCCCGGACAGCCGAGAGGAGGGCGGUGGCGGCGCGGUGCGGCAGUGGGACGGAUCGGCAGCUCCGAGGAGACGAGCGGACAGGGACGGCGCUGGCCGCCCCUCCCUGGACCGUGUCCCUGGAGACGACCUGGACCCGGACCCGGACCCGGACCGGGACUCUUUCCACACUCUGAUUGGCCAGCUGGCGGACGAGUCGUCCUUCCUGGCCGCCGAUGGGGGGGCGUGGUCCUGGGAGCCGGUCGGCCCCCCCUCGGCUCACUGCCCCGUCCGGGGGCGGGGCUCCGGCGAGGGGCGGGGCUCGUGGCCGGAGAGCCGGAUGAGGCCGCUGACCGGAGAAGCGGAUCGGUCUGCGGGGCGGCUCAGCGGAGCUUCAGGUGAGCAGAGCCUGGUCCCUCUGUCCUCCCCCGAGACUCCCGAGACCCCCACGCACAGCUGCUCUGACGGCGGAGACCCACCAGACCCAGCAGACCCAGCCAGCAUCCCAGACCCACAGCCAGACCACCCAGACCACCCAGACCACCCAGACCACCCAGACCACCCAGACCAGCCAGACCACCCAGACCACCCAGACCACCCAGACCAUCCAGACCAUCCAGUCCUGCCGGCGGACGGGAGCAGCGAUUCCUUCCAGCUGCUCCAGGCCCAGGUUACUCACGACGACUCCGCCCAGCCCUCCGUGACCUUUGACCCCGCCCACUCGCCCGAAGGCUCGGCGCCGUCCCCAGAUCGCCUUCGCUCAGAGGAGGCCCCGCCCUCCUCGCAGGGGUCCUGCUGUGAGCUCCCGGUCUCCCCGAACCCCCUCCAGCUGGACCGGUCCGCCGGACCGGCCGGCCCCGCCUCCUCCGGCGCUCGCCACACGGCGGACCGAGGGAUCCUGGAGGAGGAGAUCAGUCUGGUGAGCCUGACGGACUCCGCCCUGGAGGAGGAGGAGGAAGAGCAGCAGCAGGAGGAGGAAGAAGAGCAGCAGGAGGAAGAGCAGCAGGAGGAGGAGGAGGAAGAGCAAGAGGAAGAGCAGCAGGAGCAGCAGCAGCAGCAGGGAGCAGAAGACUGGACCGAGAGUUCCAGCUGUGAUCCGUCGCCUGCAGGGAACGCAGAGUCUGAGGGACAGAAGACGGUGAAGACGAGGACAGCCGAGCGGACGAGACGGGAUCUGAGUGAGAUGCGUCGGAGAACCCAGAGGCUGUACGAGCAGCUGGAGGAGGUGAAGCUCCAGAGAACCGUCAGGAACCGGCAGGAGGACUCCGCCCGGAACCGGCUGAAGGCCCGAGAGUUCCACAAGAGAACCUUACAGAGGCUCCGAGCCAAGCAGACCCAGUGAGCCAAGCUGACCCCCCGCUGACCCCCCGGACCCCACUGACCCCCCGCUGAGCCCCUGGACCCCCCCCCGGACCCCACUGCCCCCCCGCUGAGCCCCUGGACCCCCCCCCCGGACCCCACUGAGCCCCCGCUGACCCCGGUUCCGCUGUGAUCCAGGUUCAGAUCUUAAUAAAGGUUUUCAGAAA